AUGGACCACAAUCAACUUAUGCAAAAUGAUGCGAACAAAACUACACUGAAUGAGGCUUUAUCUCUGCUUCGCGAUACACCAGUAAUUCGGCCAUACCAAGCAUACUGCGACACGGAGAUUUCAUCACGUCCGCCAAGUCCAGAGGAUCUUGUCCCAAGUCCGUUACGGGUGAGGAAGGUCUAUCAAAAGCAGAUCGAUAUGAGUGCGCAAACCUCAAUUAGCGACACUUCUGAACAAGUAGUCUCCCUCACUCGAGUUGCGACAUCCAGUCCGGACAAGCAAGUCGACUUUCCGUUAUCAGUUCCAGCAGAGUAUUACCCUAGGAAACAAAACCAAAGGAUGAACCACAGGAAUUUACUUGGAAGCACUUCGCCAGCAACUUCAGAUCACAUUACACAACCUAUCAACCUAUGCGGCAGUUACUUACUAGCUGAAGAUGAGGUGACAGCGUACGACUUUGACCCGGCAAUUACACGGGUGCAACCAUCCAAAAACUUUGAUCGUUUGACGAGACCUAAUAUACUACGUAAGCCGGUUUCUGAGGAUAGGAGAGCAUUGGGCAUAAUUUAUCGUCCUUUGCCUCAAGUACCGUUAGGAAAGGUCAAGCAUGAAAAUCGAGACCGACCAGAAUCGACAAACGAACAUGGAUGUGUACAAUGUCCACCACAAAAAAUGAACCCAGCAGAUGAAAUACGCGAGCAAAGAGAUGACGAAACCUCUCCAGGAUACUACCAAGAAGUCUUCGACGAGGCCACCGCUGGCAGCCCAGAUCAAUUCGAAGACAUAGACCUCAAAUCCCCAAAUGCCCAACUGUCACCUCGAAGUCCAGAGACCACCUUUCAGAGACGCCUUCAUCAAGACGGCAUGGAACCUCUCCGGCAAGACCGGACACAUUCGCGACUACACCCUGUGCCAUCCUUGCAUUCAUCAACAUAUGUUCAAAAUGGCCCACGCCCACCCCCCUGGGGCUCCUACGACGACCUCGCACUACAGCGCCGGCAGCGCCAGCAGCGAAAUGAACGCAGAGGAAGGGCGCGGGACGAGACGAGAAAUUUGGUGCGGGAAACCACGUCAUCUGUUGAGGAUCCGGGUGAAGGGCUAUCGAGGGAGGUAAAUGAGUAUCGAGAACAGAUACUGAGCGUCUAUCCCGAUAUGGAGUUUGAUGGACAUGCGGGGGAAGGUGGGCGUGAUUGCAUGUGUUGUUUGGUUAUGUAA